AUGACUCUUGUCCUGCUGGGUCUAGCCAUUCUGUUGCUCCACCAUGUGGUCUGUGAAAAGCCCCUAGAAGAAACCAUUCCUCCCUUGGCUUGGCGCUUUACACAUUCCCUGUACAAUGCCACCAUCUAUGAAAACUCUGCUCCCAAGACCUAUGUGGAGAGUCCAGUGAAGAUGGGCAUGUACCUGGCGGAUCCCCAGUGGAUGGUGAAGUACCGGAUCAUCUCUGGAGAUGCAGCUGGAGUGUUCAAGACUGAGGAGUAUGUGGUGGGCAACUUCUGCUUUCUUAGAAUAAGGACCAAGAGCAGCAACACAGCGCUUCUCAACAGGGAGGUUCGAGACAGCUAUACGCUCAUAGUGCAAGCCUCAGACAAGAGCCUGGAGUUUGAAGCGCUGACCCGAGUGGUAGUCCACAUCCUGGACCAGAAUGACCUGAAGCCCCUCUUCUCCCCACCUUCCUACAGAGUCACCAUCUCUGAGGACGUGCCCCUCAAGAGCCCCAUCUGCAAAGUGACUGCCACGGAUGCCGAUCUGGGCCAGAACUCUGAGUUCUAUUAUGCCUUUAAUGCCAGGUCAGAGGUGUUUGCCAUCCAUCCCACUAGUGGGGUGGUCACUGUGGCCAGGAAACUGAAUGUCACAUGGCGAGGGAAGUAUGAGCUCCAGGUGCAGGCUGUGGACCGCAUGAGGAAAAUCUCAGAGGGCAACGGGUUUGGCAACUUGGCUGCAUUGGUAGUUCAUGUGGAGCCUGUGCACAGGAAGCCCCCAGCUAUCACCUCCGUGGUCAUGACUCCACCAGAUGGUGAUGAAGGUGCCAUCUAUGCCACUGUCACAGUGGAUACAAAUGGCUCCGGAGCUCAAGUAGAUUCCUUGGAGGUGGUUAGUGGUGAUCCUGGAAAGUACUUCAAAGCCCUCAAGUCCUAUGCCCAAGACAAUGAGUUCAACUUGGUGGCAGUCAGGGACAUUAACUGGGCAGAACACCUUCAUGGCUUCAACCUCAGCUUCCAGGCCCACAGUAGGAGCAGACCUCUUGCCCACUCCCCCAUCAGGGCCUUCCAUUUCCCACCCUCCAGGCUGACCAACCUCAGAUUCGAGAAGGCUGUUUACAGAGUAAAGCUCAGCGAAUUCUCUCCGCCCGGAAGUCGUGUGGCAUUGGUAAAGGUCACGACUGCCCUUCCCACUUUGCGUUAUACUCUAAAGCCAUCUUCUGGGAACACAGUAUUCAAGCUCAAUCCUCGCACAGGCCUAAUCACCACCAUGAAGCUUGUGGACUUCCAUGAGCAAAGCCAGUAUCAGCUCCAUGUGAAAACCUCCCUGGGCCUGGCCACUACCACCGUGAUUAUUGACAUUGUGGACUGUAACAACCAUGCCCCAGUCUUCAAUAGGUCUUCCUAUGAAGGUACCUUGGAUGAGAACAUCCCUCCUGGUACCAGUGUUUUGACUGUGACAGCCACAGACCAGGACCAUGGGGACAAUGGAUGUGUCAGCUAUUCUAUUGUUUCCCCCAAAGUUGUCCCAUUCUCUAUUGACCCUUACUUGGGGGUCAUCUCCACCACUAAACCUAUGGACUAUGAACUCAUGAGAAGAAUAUAUACCUUCCGGGUCCGGGCAUCAGACUGGGGGUCUCCUUUUCGCCAGGAGAAGGAGGUGUCUGUUUCUCUGAGGCUCAAGAAUUUGAAUGACAACCAGCCUAUGUUUGAGGAAGUCAACUGUACUGUGUCCCUUCGUCAAGAUGCACCAGUUGGGAAAUCGAUAAUGGCUGUGUCUGCCAUAGACAUGGAUGAACUUCAGAACCUAAGAUAUGAAAUUGUGUCUGGCAACGAACAAGACUAUUUCCAUCUCAACCAUUUCUCGGGGGUGAUAUCUCUCAAACGCUCCUUUAUGAAUGCCACUGCUGUUCGACCCACCAUCUAUUCUCUGAAGAUUACAGCCUCUGAUGGCAACAACUAUGCCACCCCCACAACUCUGAAAGUCACUGUGGUGAAGGAUCCUCACUCUGAGGUCCCUGUACAGUGUGAUAAAACAGGAGUGCUGACCUAUAUCACAAAGACCAUCCUCCAGUCUGCUGGGCUUCAGGGCCAAGAGUUGGGUGAAGAGGAAUUCACCUCCCUCAGCAACUAUCAGAUCAACCAUCAUGCUCCCCAGUUUGAGGACCACUUCCCCCAGACCAUUGACAUUCUGGAACAGGUUCCUAUCAACACCCCCUUGGCCCGCCUGGCUGCCACUGACCCAGAUGCUGGCUUUCAUGGCAGUCUGGUCUAUGUAAUUGCAGAUGGCAAUGAGGAAGGUUGUUUUGACAUUGAGCUGAAGAUAGGAGCCCCCAGCCUCUAUGUCCUCAAUGUGACUGUGUACGACCUGGGAACUCCCCAGAAGUCCUCCUGGAAGCUGUUGACAGUGACUGUGAAAGACUGGAAUGAUAACCCACCCAGGUUUCCUCCAGGUGGGUACCAGCUCACCAUUUCUGAGGACACAGAAGUUGGGACCACGAUUGCAGAGCUGAAGACAAAAGACGCUGACUCAGAAGACAACAGGAGGGUUCGCUAUUCCCUGCUAACCCCCACAGAGAAGUUCUCUCUCCACCCACUCACUGGGGAGCUGGUUGUCACAGGACACCUUGACCGGGAAUCAGAGCCUCAGUACAUACUCAAGGUAGAGGCCAGGGACCAGCCCAUGAAGGGCCACCAGCUCUUCUCUGUCACUGACUUGAUAGUCACAUUAGAGGACACCAAUGACAACGCUCCCCAGUGCAUCACAGAGCACAGUAGGCUGAAGGUGCCAGAGGACCUGCCCCUUGGGACAGUCUUGACAUUCCUAGAUGCCUCUGACCCUGACCUGGGCCCUGCAGGUGAAGUGAGAUACAUCUUGGUGGAUGAUGUCCAUGGAACCUUCCGGGUGGAGCCGAUGACUGGAGCUCUGAGUUUGGAAAGAGAGUUGGACUUUGAGAGGAGGGCUGGUUACAAUCUGAGCCUUUGGGCCAGUGACAGUGGGAGGCCUCUAGCCCGAAGGACCCUCUGCCACGUAGAAGUGUUAGUCCUGGAUGUAAAUGAGAAUCUCCACUCUCCCCACUUUUCAUCCUUCGUAUACCAGGGCCAGGUGCAGGAGAACAGCCCUGCAGGGACCCAGGUGAUGGUAGUCACAGCCCAGGAUGAAGAUGGUGGCUUGGAUGGAGAGCUCCAGUACUUCCUACGGGCUGGCACUGGCCUGGAAGCUUUCAGCAUCAACCAAGACACAGGAAUGCUCGAGACUCUGGUACCUCUGGACCGAGAAUUCACACCCUACUACUGGUUGACAGUACUGGCUGUGGACAGGGGCUCUGUUCCCCUCUCUGCUGUCACUGAAGUCUACAUUGAGGUUACGGACAUCAAUGACAACAUACCCUGCAUGUCUCGACCGGUGUUCUACCCCUGUGUCCAGGAAGAUGUCCCUUUGGGUACCUCUGUGCUUCAGCUGGAGGCCUGGGACCCAGACUCCAGCUCUCAAGGGAAGCUGACCUUCAACCUCACCAGUGGGAACCACAUGGGGUACUUCGUCAUUCAUCCAUUCACAGGUGUCCUGACCACUGCCAGACAGCUAGACCGAGAGAACAAAGAUGAACAUGUCCUGGAGGUGACUGUGCUGGAUAAUGGGGAGCCCCCGCUAAAGUCCACCUCCAGAGUGGUGGUGUGCAUCUUGGAUGUCAAUGACAACCCACCCAUGUUCUCCCACAAGCUCUUCAAUGUCCGCCUUCCUGAGAGACUGAGCCCAUUGUCCGCAGGGCCUGUGUACAGUCUGGUGGCUUCAGACCCAGAUGAAGGUCUCAAUGGCAGCAUCACCUACAGCAUUGAGGAGAGUGAUGAGGAGGGCUUCAGAAUUGACCCUGUCACGGGGCUUGUGUCUUCCAGCAGUACUUUUGCAGCAGGAGAGUACAAUAUCCUAACGAUCAAGGCAACAGACAGUGGGCAGCCAGCCCUCUCCACCAGUGUCCGGCUACACAUUGAAUGGAUUCCCCAGCCUCGGCCAUCCUCCAUUCCACUGUCCUUUGAUGAGCCCCACUACAGCUUUACGGUCAUGGAGACGGACCCUGUGAACCACAUGGUGGGAGUCGUCAGUGUAGAGGGACGGCCUGGCCUCUUCUGGUUCCACAUCUCAGAUGGGGAUAAAGACAUGGACUUUGACAUUGAGAAGACCACAGGCAGCAUUGUCAUAGCCAGGCCUCUUGAUACAAGGAGAAAGUCAAGCUAUAACUUGACUGUGGAGGUGACAGAUGGGUUCCACACCAUUGCCACCCAGGUCCACAUCUUUAUGAUUGCUAACAUCAACCACCACCGGCCUCAGUUCCUGCAGGAUCACUAUCAAGUCAGGGUCCCGCAGGACACACUGCCUGGGGUUGAACUCCUCAGAGUCCAGGCCGCAGAUCAAGACAAUGGCAAAGGCCUCAUCUAUACCAUCCACAGCAGCCAGGACCCUGGAAGUGCCAGCCUCUUCCAGCUGGAUCCGAGCAGUGGCGUGUUGGUGACAGUGGGGAGACUGGACCUUCACUCCCAGCCUUCUCAGCACAUUCUGGUGGUUAUGGUCCGAGACCAAGAGAUGCCCAUCAAGAGGAACUUCGUGUGGGUGACCAUUCAUGUGGAGGACGGAAAUCUCCACCCGCCUCACUUCACUCAGCUCCAUUAUGAGGCAAAUGUUCCUGACACCACCGCCCCUGGCACAGAGCUGCUGCAGGUCCGAGCCAUGGAUGCUGACCGGGGAGCCAAUGCUGAAGUCCAUUAUUCCUUUCUAAAAGGCAACAGUGAAGAUUUCUUCAAUAUUGACACCCUCUUCGGCACCAUCACAGUAGCCCAGAAACUAGAUCAUGUUCAUCACACUAAGCAUAUGUUAACUGUGAAGGCAGAAGACCAAGGCUCCCCACGGAGGCAUGACCUGGCUAUGGUAGUCAUUCGUGUCCACCCCUCCGACAGCAGUGCUCCCAUCUUUUCAAAAGAUGAGUAUUUCAUAGAGAUUCCAGAAUCAGUCCCUGUUGGCUCCCCAAUCCUCCUCAUCUCUGCUACAAGCUCCUCUGAAGUCACCUAUGAGUUAAGAGAGGGGAACAAGGGUGGUGUGUUUUCCAUGAACUCCUAUUCCGGCCUUAUCUCCACCCAGAAGCGCUUAGACCAUGAGAAAAUCUCAUCAUACCAACUGAAAAUCCGAGGCAGCAACACGGCUGGUGUGUUCUCGGAGGUGGUGGCAUUUGUCUACAUCAUCGAUGAGAAUGACAACGCUCCUGCAUUCCUAAAGUCAACUUUUGUGGGGCACAUCAGUGAGGCAGCUCCUCCUCACAGCAUGAUCCUAGAUGAAGACAACAGCCCCUUAGUGAUCCGUGCCUCUGACAGUGACCAGGAAGCUAAUUCCUUGUUGGUCUAUAAAAUCUUGGAACCGGAGGCCUUGAAGUUUUUCAAAAUUGACCCCAGCAUGGGAACCCUAACUAUCACAGAAGAGCUGGAUUAUGAGAACACACCCUUGUUCCAAUUCAACGUCUAUGUUCAUGAUCAAGGAACACCCCUCUUAUUUGCACCCAGACCUGCCAAGGUCAUCAUCCAUGUCCGAGAUGUGAAUGACUUUUCCCCCAGGUUCUCAGAGCAGAUAUAUGAAGUGGCAGUUGUGGGACCCACCCACCCUGGCAUGAAGCUUCUCACAGUGCAGGCCAAGGAUGAUGACUCAGAAGUCAUCUAUAGCAUUAAAACAGGCAACACUGAUGAAGCCUUUGCCAUUCAUCCCAUCACAGGCCACAUAUCUGUGGUUAAUCCUGCUGUUCUGGGGUUUUCUAGGAAGCUCACCAUUAAGGCUUCUGAUGGUCUGUAUCAAGAUACUGCAUUGGUAAAAAUAUCUUUGACCAAAGUCCUUGACAAAAGCUUACAGUUUGAUCAGGACAUCUACAGGGCAAGAGUGAAGGAGAAUAUACCACACAAAAAGGCACUGGUGAUUCUUGGUGUCCAUGGAAACCAUUUGAAUGACACCCUUUCCUACUUCCUCUUGAAUGGCACAGACUUAUUUCAUAUGGUCAAAUCAGCAGGUGUGUUGCAAACCAGAGGGGUGCUAUUUGAUCGGGAGCAGCAGGACACUCAUGAAGUGGUAGUGGAAGUAAGGGACAACCGGGUCCCUCAGCGGGUGGCUCAGGCUCUGGUCAGGGUUUCUGUUGAAGAUGUCAAUGACAAUGUCCCUGAGUUUCAGCAUCUGCCCUAUUAUACAGUCAUCCAAGAUGGCACUGAACCAGGGGAUGUCCUCUUUCAGGUAUCUGCCACUGAUAAGGAUUUGGGAGCCAAUGGAACAGUCACAUAUGGGUUUGCAGAAGAUUAUGCCUAUUUCCGUAUUGACCCCUAUGUUGGGGACAUAUCACUUAAGAAGCCCUUUGAUUAUCAAGCUUUGAAUAAGUAUCACCUCAAAGUCAUUGCUCGGGAUGCAGGUACCCCACCUCUCCAAACUGAGGUAGAGGUACAUGUCACUGUCAGAAAUAAAUCCAACCCAUUGUUCCAGAGUCCUUACUACAAAGUCAAAGUCCCUGAAAAUAUUGCACUCUAUACCCCAAUUCUCCACACACAGGCCCGGAGUCCAGAGGGACUGAGGCUCAUCUAUAACAUUGUUGAGGAAGAGCCUUUGAUGCUGUUUACUACAGACUUUAAAACUGGGGUCCUUACGGUGACAGGACCUCUGGACUAUGAAUCUAAAAAUAAACAUGUGUUCACAGUAAGAGCUACAGACACGGCUCUGGGGUCCUUUUCUGAAGCCACAGUAGAAGUCUUAGUUGAGGACAUCAAUGACAACCCUCCUACCUUUUCCCAGUUGGUAUAUACUACUUCGGUUUCUGAGGGUUUACCUGCUCAGACUCCCGUGAUCCAGCUGUUGGCUUCUGACCAAGACUCAGGAAAGAACCAAGAUGUCUCCUAUCAGAUUGUAGAGGAUGGCUCAGAUGUUUCUAAGUUCUUCCGGAUCAACGGGAGCACGGGGGAGAUGUUCACCAUCCAAGAGCUGGACUAUGAAGCACAACAACACUUUCAAGUGAAAGUCAGGGCCAUGGAUAGAGGCGAUCCCCCGCUCACUGGUGAAACCCUUGUGGUUGUCAAUGUGUCUGACAUCAAUGACAACCCCCCAGAGUUCAGAGAACCUCAGUAUGAAGCCAAUGUUAGUGAGCUAGCAACCUGUGGCCAUCUGGUUCUAAAAGUCCAAGCCCUUGACCCUGACAUCGGGGAUACUUCCCGUUUGGAGUACCUGAUUCUUUCUGGCAACCAGGACCGACAUUUCUCCAUCAAUAGCUCAUCAGGAAUCAUUUCUAUGUUCAACCUUUGCAAAAAGCAACUGGACUCAUCUUACAACUUGAGGGUAGGUGCUUCUGAUGGGGUCUUCCGAGCAACUGUGCCAGUAUAUAUCAACACCACAAAUGCCAACAAGUAUAGUCCUGAGUUCCAGCAGCAUGUCUAUGAGCUGCUAGCCAUAGACAAAGACAGUGGUCCCUAUGGCACGGUGGAUUACACCAUCAUCAAUAAGCUAGCAGGAGAAAGGUUCUUAAUAAAUCCCAGUGGUCAGAUCACCACUCUGCAGAAACUGGACCGAGAAAAUUCAACUGAAAGGGUGAUUGCUAUUAAGGUUAUGGCAAGGGAUGGAGGGGGGAAAGUGGCCUUCUGCACAGUGAAAAUCAUCCUCACUGAUGAAAAUGACAAUGCCCCACAAUUCAAGGCAUCUGGGUACACUGUGUCCAUCCCAUCCAAUGUCAGCAGAGACUCCCCUGUCAUCCAGGUAUUGGCUUAUGAUGCAGAUGAAGGUCGGAAUGCAGAUGUCACCUAUUCAGUUGAUUCAAUAGAGGACCUUGCCGAAGAGAUCAUUGAAGUCAACCCAACCACUGGUGUGGUCAAGGUGAAGGAAAGCCUGGUAGGUCUGGAAAACAGGGCUGUUGACUUCAACAUCAAAGCCCAGGAUGGUGGUCCUCCUCAUUGGGAUUCUCUGGUACCAGUACGACUGCAAGUAGUUCCUAAUGAAGUACCUUUGCCCAAGUUUUCUGAACCUCUGUAUACUUUCUCUGCAUCUGAAGACCUUCCAGAAGGUUCUGAAAUUGGGUUUGUGAAGGCAGUAGCUGCUCAAGAUCCAGUCAUCUACAGUCUGGUUCAGGGUACUACUCCAGAGAGCAACAGGGAUGGUGUCUUCUCCUUGGACCAAGACACAGGAGUCUUGAAGGUGAGGAAGGCCAUGGACCAUGAGUCCACUAAAUGGUACCAGAUUGACCUGAUGGCACAUUGCCCUCAUGAGGAUACUGACUUGGUAUCAUUGGUUUCUGUCAAUAUUCAAGUGGAAGAUGUCAAUGACAAUAGGCCUGUAUUUGAGGCUGAUCCAUAUAAGGCUUUCCUCACUGAGAAUAUGCCAGGAGGGACCACGGUCAUUCAGGUCACUGCCAAUGACCAGGACACUGGGAGUGAUGGACAGGUGAGCUACAGACUGUCAGUGGAGCCUGGUAGCAACAUCCAUGAACUCUUUGCUGUUGACAAUGAGAGUGGCUGGAUCACCACACUCAAAGAACUUGACUGUGAAACUCAACAGAUUUAUCAUUUCUAUGUGGUGGCCUUUGAUCAUGGACAGACCAUCCAGCUGUCUUCUCAGGCCCUGGUUGAAGUAUCCAUCACAGAUGAGAAUGACAACCCCCCUCGGUUUGCUUCUGAAGACUAUAGAGGCUCUGUGGUGGAGAACAGUGAGCCUGGUGAACUUGUGGCCACUCUGAAGACUUUGGAUGCUGACAUCUCUGAGCAGAACAGGCAGGUCACCUGUUACAUCACAGAGGGAGACCCCCUGGGUCAGUUUGGCAUCAAUCAAGUUGGGGAUGAAUGGAGGAUCUCCUCAAAGAAGACUCUGGACAGAGAGCACAUAGCCAAAUAUCUACUCAGAGUCACAGCAUCAGAUGGCAAGUUCCAGACUUCAGUUCCUGUGGAGGUUUUCGUCCUGGACAUCAAUGAUAACAGCCCACAAUGCUCACAGCUUCUCUACACUGGCAGGGUCCAUGAGGAUGUCACCCCUGGACAUUUCAUCUUGAAAGUUUCCGCCGUAGAUGCGGACAUGGACACCAAUGCUCAGAUCACAUACUCUCUGCAUGGACCCGGGGCCCAGGAAUUCAAACUGGAUCCUCACACAGGGGAGCUUACCACACUCACAGCCCUGGACCGGGAAAGGAAGGACAUAUACAACCUGGUUGCUAAGGCAACAGAUGGAGGGGGCCAAUCAUGCCAGGCAGACGUGACUCUCCACAUUGAGGAUGUGAACGACAAUGCCCCAAGGUUCUUCCCCAGCCACUGUACCGUGGCUGUCUUUGACAACACCACAGUUAAGACCCCUGUGGCUGUGGUCUUUGCCCGGGAUCCUGACCAAGGUGCCAAUGCCCAGGUAGUGUACUCACUGACGGACUCUGUUGAUGGCCAGUUCUCCAUCGAUGCAACCUCAGGGGUGAUUCGUCUGGAGAAACCUCUGCAGGUCAGAUCAAACUCAGCUGUGGAGCUCACGGUCCAGGCCUCAGACCUAGGCAUCCCAAUACCACUGUCCACCUUGGGCACUGUCACAGUCUCCGUGGUGGGCCUGGAGGACUACCUUCCCAUCUUUCUGAACGCAGAGCAUAGCACACAGGUUCCCGAGGAUGCUCUAAUAGACACAGAGGUACUACAUCUGGCUACCCUCACACGUCCGGGCUCAGAGAAGACUGGUUACCACAUCACAAGUGGGAAUGAGCAGGGAAAGUUCCGACUGGAUGCUCACACAGGAAUCCUAUAUGUCAACGGGAGCCUGGACUUUGAGACAACUCCCAAGUACUUCCUGUCCAUCGAAUGCAGCCGGAAGAGCUCUUCCUCCCUCAGUGACGUGACCACCAUAGUGGUUAAUGUCACCGAUGUUAAUGAACACCACCCCAGAUUCACCCAUGACCUGUACACUGUGAGGGUCUUAGAGAACGCCGUUGUGGGUGACACCAUCUUGACUGUAUCAGCAUUUGAUGAGGAUGGACCUAUAAAUAAUGCCAUCACCUAUAGCCUGGUAGGAGGGAACCAGCUUGGACACUUCACUAUCAACCCCAAGAAGGGGAAGCUUCAGGUGGCCAAAGCGCUGGACUGGGAACAGACACCCAGCUACUCCCUGAAGCUCCGAGCCACAGACAGUGGACAGCCCCCAAUGCACAAAGACACAGAAGUGGCUGUUGAGGUGGUUGAUGUCAAUGACAACCCACCCAGGUUCUUCCAGCUCAACUACAGCACUGCUGUCCAGGAGAACUCCCCUAUUGGCAACAAAGUCCUGCAGCUGAUCCUGGAUGAUCCUGACUCCCCACAGAAUGGGCCCCCCUACCCCUGUGGGAUCACUGGGGGGAACACUGGGUCUGUGUUCCGGGUGACUCCAGAUGGAUGGCUGGUGACAGCUGCAGCCCUGAGCAGGAGAGUGAAGGAGUGGUAUCAGCUUCACAUUGAGGUGUCAGACAGUGGCCUCCCGCCCUUGUCAUCUUCCACGAUGGUGCAAGUACAUGUGACAGAGCAGAGCCGCUACCCACCCUCCACACUUCCACUAGAGAUCUUCAUCACAGUGGGAGAGGAGGAAUUCCAGGGCGGCAUGGUAGGUAAAAUCCAUGCCACAGACCGAGACCCACAGGACACACUGACCUACAGCCUGGAGCGAGAGGAAACCCUCGGCAGGUACUUCUCGGUGGGGGCAUCUGAUGGCAAGAUUAUUGCAUCCCAAGGACUGCCUCGUGGCCGAUACUCACUUAAUGUUACAGUCAGUGAUGGCACCUUCACCACCACCACUGGGGUUCAUGUCCAUGUGUGGCACAUAGGUCAGGAGGCUCCUCAGCAAGCUAUGUGGCUGGGCUUUCACCAACUCACCCCUGAGGAGCUGGUGAGUGACCAUUGGCGCAACCUGCAGAGAUUGCUGAGCAAUACCUUGGACAUCAAACGAGCCAACAUCCAUCUGGCCAGCCUGCAACCUGCAGAGAUCACAGCUGGGGUGGAUGUGCUCCUGGUCUUUGAGGGACAUUCCGGAACCUCCUAUGACCUCCAGGAGCUGGCAUCUGCCAUAGUUCAUUCAGCCAAAGAGAUGGAACACUCAGUGGGAAUUCAGAUGAGGUCAGCCCUGCCUGUGGUACCAUGCCAAGGACCAAGCUGCCAGGAUCAUACUUGCCAAGAGACAGUGUCCCUGGAGCCCAGGGUUGGGCCCACUUACAGCACAGCCAGGCUCAGCAUCCUGACACCACGACACCACCUGGGGAGGAACUGUUCCUGCAAUGGUACCACGUUGAGGUUCAGUGGUCAGAGCUAUGUGCGGUACAGGCCCAGAGAGGCUGGGAACUGGCAGGGGUUCUCCCUGAAGCCCCUCCAGCCACAGGCCGUUCUAAUGUUCACCAAUGAAACAAUCUCUAUUUCUCUGAAGCUGGCCAAUGGCUUUCUCCAGCUGGAAUACAGCUGCCCAGGUGGUUUCUAUGGAAACCUUUCUGCCCGGCACUGAAUGAAUGAUGGAGAGUGGCACUCCAUGCUGUUUGAGGAGAGGGGCACUUCUGUUCAUCUGUUGGUUGACACCACGGACAACACCUCCCUUGUCAUCCCAGAGGAAUGUCAGGGUCUGAGGACUGAGAGACACCUACUGCUGGGUGGCCUUGUCCCCUCAAAUUCUCCUUCAAAUGUUUCCUUGGGCUUUGAAGGCUGCCUGGAUGCUGUUGUGGUCAAUGGUGAGAGGUUAGAGCCGCUUGGCCAUGGAAAGAAGAUGGUGGGCUGGCUGGAGAGACAGGCCCUCACCCAAUGCUGCUGGCCCAGCACUGCCUGCAGCCAGAACCCAUGCCUCAAUGGUGGGAGCUGCUCACCUGCCCUUGGAUCAGGCUACCUGUGCAGAUGCCCCCCUCCAUUCUCUGGCAGGAACUGUGAACUUGGAAGGGAGAAUUGCACUUCUGCACCCUGCCAGGAAGGUGGCACAUGUGUCUCUUCCCCUGAAGGCACUUCCUGUAACUGUCCUCACCCUUACACAGGUGACAGGUGUGAGAUGGAAGCAAGGGGCUGCUCUGGAGGACACUGCCUCAUCACCCCUGAGAUUAAGAGAGGGGACUGGGGACAACAGGAGUUCCUGAUAAUCCUAGUAGCCUUACCUCUCAUCAUCAUUGCCACCGUGGGACUCCUCCUCUACUGUCGCCGCUGCAAGUCUCACAAGCCAGUGGCCAUGGAGGACCCAGACCUCCUAGCCAGGAGCAUUGGUGUUGACACCCAAGUUCCGCCUGCCAUUGAGCUUGACCCAUUGAGCACCAGCUCCUGCAACAACUUGAACCAAGAGCCCAGCAAGACUUCAGUUCCGAACGAACUUGUCACCUUUGGACCUAGCUCUAAGCAGCGGCCUGUGGUGUGCAGUGUGCCUCCCAGGCUCCCACCAAUCCAUUCAAGCUUCCAGAGACAAGAUGCACAGAUCAGUCACAAGCCCACCAGCUCCCUGGUAUAUCCAGGUGGAGCUGCGGUCUGGCCCCCAACUUACUCCCGGAAGGAACAUUGGGAAUACCCACACUCCGAAGCAAUGCAGGGUCCUCUGCCACCCUCUCCUCACCGACAUGUCAGCCCUGCUGUAAUGCCAGAUCCCACCGGCCUCUAUGGGGGCUUCCCUUUCCCCCUGGAACUGGAAAACAAGCUGACAACCCCCCCACCCCGUUAUAGCAACCAGAACCUGGAGGACCUGAUGCCUCCACGGCCCCCGAGUCCCCGGGAACAUCUGCUCGCCCCCUGUCUCAAUGAGUACACAGCCAUCAGCUACUACCACUCACAGUUCCGCCAGGGAGGAGGUGGGCCCUGCCUGGCAGAAGGGGGCUAUAAGGGGGUGAGCAUGCGCCUCAGCAGAGCCGGGCCCUCCUAUGCUGACUGUGAGGUGAAGGGAGGGCCUGCCACAAACCGGAGCCAACCUCGAGCACCCCCCAAUUAUGAGGGUUCAGACAUGGUAGAGAGUGACUAUGGGAGUUGUGAGGAAGUCAUGUUCUAG